UUAGUAAUGUAUAUUUGUACAUAUUACCCAAAAUAUCAGUUUCUUUGUCAGAUUAUGCAGUGACAAGCCAUGACUUCACAUCUCAAGAAAAGAAAACACUUUAUCAGUCAAGUCUGACUUCCUCUUACAAAGGAAACCAACACAAAGGUCUGCUCCAAGCCCAAAGCGGAAAAACUUAGUUGAGCAAGAAAACGACAAUGCAAUGUGUACAAAGAGCAAGCUAAAAGCAGUCUGUUCCACAGCGGUGUGCCACAUCAGACACCCAGUAAAAUCUUCCUGCAAAGCUAACAAGCACUUACUGGAAGACUAUGGAAGAACAGAAAAAACGGAAAGGGAGGAAGCUCGGCUCAACAAGAAGAAGUAAAGUACAACAACAUGUCCCUGCAGAAAAAAGGCCUGAUUCUACUGCAAAUGCAGAGGAAGAAGAUGCCUUCUUUGCCGAUAUAAUGGAAAAGGUCAGGAACGUACUCUUUGAAGAUGACAAUGGCAGCAGUGUUUUCAUCACUCGCAAUGACAUGGAGAAAGUAAGCAAUAGCAUUUUCUGGAGCACGGAAGAGUUAGAACUACUCUUUGAUGAGCUUAACAAUGAAGGGAAAGGAUACUUGACUUUUGAACAAUUCACUUUAGGACUGAGAAAUCAUAUCAGUUCUGAUAAAAAUCCCUGGAAUCAAAAAAGAAAAAGAAAAUCUACAAAAAGGAUAUCGGAAAUCACAAAUCUGCCCUCCAUUGAAGAAGCAGAAUCAGAAGAAAGAAAGCAGUUCAUGUCAUUCAUGGAACAUCUUGGAGCUCAUAACAUUUUUGAAGAUGAAACUGAAAUUUGGAAACUGUGGACUAAACUUGGCCGCGAUGAGCCGCAUUUGCUUGGGAACCUGGAAGAGCUCUUGGCUAAAGUCAUGAGUCAAAUAAAGGAAGCCAGAAAAGAGAAAGAAACUUUAGAGAUGGUUUUAAAAAAGAGGAUAUCUGAUCAUGACCAAGAGGUACAGCGUCUGGAACAGCAAAUACAUGCAGAAAGAGAAAGAUUGAUAAAUGAGAGAGAUGACCGAAGCAACAUUCGCAGCAUGGAAUUAAACAAAAUGAUAGAAGUGAAAAACAAAGAAGUCCAGCAGUUGGUUGCCAUUCAGGAUGAGCUGGAGAAAGAACUUCAAAACUUAAGAAGCACUCAACAAAUAGCAAAGACAGAGAAUGAGAAACUAGAGCACCAACUGGAAAAGAUACGUGACCAACUGUCUGAAGCUCAAGGUUGUUUGAGUGAGAUGAAGCACAAAGUGGCCUACAGUGAUUCUCUAAGGGAGAGGACAGACGUUGCUGAACCACUGACCCCAUCAAGUUCACAGAAAGCUGUAAAGGACCAAAUAGAUCCAGAUGAAGAAAUUACCCUUCCAAGCUCAAAAGAAACCUUAAUGGACCAAAUAGAUCCAGAGGAGCAAAUUACCCUUCCGAGCUCAAAGGAAGCCUUAAUGGACCAAAUAGAUCCAGACAAGGAAAUUACCCUUCCAAGCUCAAAGGAAGCUUUAAUGGACCAAAUAGAUCCAGAUGAAGAAAUUACACUUCGAAGCUCAAAAGAAGCCCUAAUGGACCAAAUAGUUCCAGAUGAAGAAAUUACCCUUCCAAGCCCAAAGGAAGCCUUAAUGGACCAAAUAGAUCCAGACAAGGAAAUUACCCUUCUGAGCUCAAAGGAAGCUUUAAUGGACCAAAUAGAUCCAGAUGAAGAAAUUACACUUCCAAGCUCAAAGGAAGCCUUCAUGGACCAAAUAGUUCCAGAUGAAGAAAUUACCCUUCCAAGCUUAAAGGAAGCCUUAAUGGACCAAAUAGAUCCACAUGAAGAAAUUACCCUUCCAAGCUCAAAGGAAGCCUUAAUGGAACAAAUAGAUACAGAAGAAGAAAUUACCCUUCCAAGCUCAAAGGAAGCCUUAAUGGACCAAAUAGAUCCAAAUGAAGAAAUUACCCUUCCAAGCUCAAAGGAGGCCUUAAUGGACCAAAUAGAUCCAUACAAGGAAAUUACCUUUCCAAGCUCAAAGGAAUCCUUAAUGGACCAAAUAGAUCCAGAUAAAGAAAAUACCCUUCAAAGCUCACAGGAUGCUUUAAUGGACCAAAUAGAUCCAGAUGAAGAAAUUACCCUGACAAGCUCAAAUGAAGCCUUAAUGGACCAAAUAGAUCCAGAUAAAGAAAAUAUCCUUCCAAGCUCACAGGAUGCUUUAAUGGACCAAAUAGAUCCAGAUGAAGAAAUUAAUCUUCCAAGCUCAAAGGAAGUCUUCAUGGACCAAAUAGAUCCAGACAAGGAAAUUACCCUUCUAGGCUCACAGGAUGCCUUAAUGAACCAAAUAGAUCCAGACAAGGAAAUUACCCUUCCAAGCUCACAGGAUGCUUUAAUGGACCAAAUAGAUCCAGAUGAAGAAAUUAAUCUUCCAAGCUCAAAGGAAGUCUUUAUGAACCAAAUAGAUCCAGACAAGGAAAUUACCCUUCCAGGCUCACAGGAAGUCUUUAUGAACCAAAUAGAUCCAGACAAGGAAAUUACCCUUCCAGGCUCACAGGAUGCCUUAAUGGACCAAAUAGAUCCAGACGAGGAAAUUACUCUUCCAAGCUCAAAGGAAGCCUUAAUGGACCAAAUAGAUCCAGAUGAGAAAAUUACCCUUACAAUCUCAAAGGAAGCCUUAAUGGACCAAAUAGAUCCACACAAGGAAAUUACCUUUCCAAACUCAAAUGAAGCCUUAAUGGACCAAAUAGAUCCAGAUGAAGAAACUACCCUUCUAAGCUCAAAGGAAGCCUUAAUGGACCAAAUAGAUCCAGACAAGGAAAUUACCCUUCCAAGCUCACAGGAUGCUUUAAUGGACCAAAUAGAUCCAGAUGAAGAAAUAAGCCUUCCAAGCUCAAAGGAAGCCUUAAUGGACCAAAUAGAUCCAGACAAGGAAAUUGCCCUUCCAAGCCCAAAGGAAGCCUUAAUGGACCAAAUAGAUCCAGACAAGGAAAUUACUCUUCCAAGCUCAGAGGAAGCCUCAAUGGAACAAAUAGAUCCAGAUGAAGACAUUAUCAUUCCAAUCUCAAAGGAAGACAUAAUGAACCAAAUAGAUCCAGACGAGGAAAUUACCCUUCCAAGCUCAAAGGAAGCCUUAAUGGACCAUAUAGAUCCAGAUGAGGAAAUUACCCUUACAAGCUCAAAGGAAGCCUUAAUGGACCAAAUAGAUCCAGAUGAGAAAAUUACCCUUCCAAUCUCAAAGGAAGCCUUAAUGGACGAAAUAGAUCCACACAAGGAAAUUACCUUUCCAAACUCAAAUGAAGCCUUAAUGGACCAAAUAGAUCCAGAUGAAGAAAUUACCCUUCCAAGCUCAAAUGAUGCCUUAAUGGACCAAAUAGAUCCAGACGAGGAAAUUACCCUUUCAAGCUCAAAGGAAACCUUAAUGGACCAAAUAGAUCCAGAUGAAGAAACUACCCUUCUAAGCUCAAAGGAAGCCUUAAUGGACCAAAUAGAUCCAGACAAGGAAAUUACCCUUCCAAGCUCACAGGAUGCUUUAAUGGACCAAAUAGAUCCAGAUGAAGAAAUAACCCUUCCAAGCUCAAAGGAAGCCUUAAUGGACCAAAUAGAUCCAGACAAGGAAAUUGCCCUUCCAAGCCCAAAGGAAGCCUUAAUGGACCAAAUAGAUCCAGACAAGGAAAUUACUCUUCCAAGCUCAGAGGAAGCCUCAAUGGAACAAAUAGAUCCAGAUGAAGACAUUAUCAUUCCAAGCUCAAAGGAAGACAUAAUGAACCAAAUAGAUCCAGACGAGGAAAUUACCCUUCCAAGCUCAAAGGAAGCCUUAAUGGACCAUAUAGAUCCAGAUGAGGAAAUUACCCUUACAAGCUCAAAGGAAGCCUUAAUGGACCAAAUAGAUCCAAAUAAAGAAAUUACCAUUCCAAGCUCAAGAGAAGCCUUAAUGGCCCAAAUAUAUCCAAAUAAAGAAAUUAACCUUGCAAGCUCAAAGGAAGCCUUAAUGGACCAAAAAGAUCCAGACGAGGAAAUUACCCUUUCAAGCUCAAAGCAAGCCUUAAGGGAACGAUUAAAUGAUGAACCAAUUACCCCUUCAAGUUCACAGUUCUAUCAGCUUUUUUUCCAGGAAGAAUCCCAGAAGGAUAAAAAUAUUGAAAUGGGAGAAAUGAUGCCUGAACCAACUGUGGAGUCGGAAGAAAUGUUUUCCUGUGCCUUAGAUACAGAAGAACAUUUCUCAUCUGAACACAAUAAUGUUGAGACAACAUCAAUCACAUACAAGGACAAAGGUGACAGUUUACUUGACCAAACGUCACUGUCAGUAACACGAGUCAUCUCCACAGAAGAAGACCCAAUACCGGAAUUCUUUAUUAAAGACAAUAGUGAAGCUGAAAUUUCAGAAAUACAUGAUAAAUCAAGCGAUUCUCAUUAUAAUGUGCAAACAGAAAAAAACUCUGACAAACUGAUGAAUGAACAGAAUAUUAUAGAAAUGGAUAAAUAUCCCCUUGGAUAUGAAAAAAAUCCAGAUGUAUCAAUAGACCAGCCAGAAAUAUCAUUAAGAAUAUCAAAAUCCCAAAAAGAUAUUUUUCUUGUCCAAACUACACACUCAGCUUUCAGUAACCUAGAUAAUUUUGAAAAACAAGAGCAGACUUUGAAGAGUGUUUCAGUGACGGGCAGUGAUAAAUCAAGCCAAAACCCAUUGCAAGUAGAAAUCUCCCAGAUUAUUAACGCACUGCAAAGUGAUACCCUCACAGAAGAUAUGAAAAUUCAGAUUAAUAACAAAGUGACUAUCCAGGAAAAUGUUUCAGAAUUUGAAAAUGAUGAAAGCAAGCAAGACAUCCAAGACCCAACACAGAGCGCUGAAGAGAAAAGCUCUCUAUCUCAUCCAACAGAACAGGAAGACCAUGUUUACAAGAUAUUGUUUGUGGGCAAUUCAAGUGUUGGGAAAACAUCAUUUUUACACAGAGUGCAUGAUGGAUCUUUUCACCAAGGUUAUUCAGCUACAGUAGGGAUAGACUGCCGUAUAAAAACCUUAAAUGUAGAUGAUAAGAGUUUUGCACUACAACUCUGGGAUACUGCUGGACAAGAGAGGUUUCACAGUAUCACAGAGCAUUUUUUUAGAAAAGCGGACGGGCUGGUGAUUAUGUAUGAUGUCACUUCUAUAGACACGUUUGCUGCCGUGCAGUACUGGCUGAGCUGUAUCAUAACUAAAACACAAGAAGAUAUUGUCAUUCUCCUUAUGGGAAAUAAAAUAGACUGCGAAGCUGAAAGAGAGGUGACAACAGCAGAUGGAGAAAAGCUGGCCCAAGAGUACAAAUUAUUGUUUGCUGAAUGCAGUGCAGCAUCAGGCAUUUACAUAACAGAACCACUGAUUCAAAUGGCCAGAUCUUUAAAGAAGCAUGAGGAUGACAUGAAAAAUAAUGUGGUAAAUCUGACACAGCCAACAGAAAAGAAUAAAAGCUGCUGUUUCUAAAGAUGCAGAGAAUAUCUGGCACAGUUUCCCCAGCCUUCGGCCAACUUUAAAUUAUUGGAACAUCCUUGGCCAAAAAUGUCCCCCCUUAUUUGGAGUGGAAAGCAUAUAGGACAGGUUAUUUGCUUGAAGCACUGGUACAAUGCAUGAAUAAAGUUUGUAUGUGAGAGUAUGUUUUUUUUUUCUUAAGCAUAGCCACUGGCUCAAUUUUAAGUGGCAAUUGCAGAGCAUACAACAUGCCAAUAAAUUUGAAAAAAGUAUGAAAACAUAAUCAUGUUCCUUACCCUAUUUUUUGCUAUUGAUUCACAUUAUAAUGAACAACAUUUUCAAAAUGAUAUGAAUAAUCUACCAGAUAAUAAAGUGUACUUUUUAAAGGA